GACGAACAGAAGCAGAUAAGCUGCCUCUUUGAUAUCACCGUUGUUGUCGGCGGCGACGACAGGAUAGUCACCAGUCACCACCGCGCCACACGAGCUCAAUCAAUUGAAGACGAUUUGUGUGAUAAAGGAAUUUUUCGGGUCAACCCGGUAUUAAUAAGCACUUGUCCACUCAACCUAGAUUCUCAUUUCUUUGCGCGAAUUAGUACGGGAUAGUGGUGCGGGAUAGGCUUGCCUAGUAGUACAAAGAAUGGCGUGCUUGGUUAAGGUAACGUUGGUGGUGAUUCUGGCCGUAGUGGCAGCUAACGCUGCCCAGUCGGAUCAGUUCUGCAUGGCGGACACGAAGAAAUGUACGGCGAGGUUCUCCGGAUACAAGUACGUGACGUCGGAGAUCGCAGACCUGACGACGCAGCUGUUGGACCAGUCGUUCGACUUCCUGUUCCUGUCGACGGCCUUCAAUCAGCACUUCAAGGAUCGUCCAGGGUUUGAGAAACUGUAUCGUAACAUUGCCGAUAAGGCCUGGUCAGACGCUAUUACGCUGAUGAAAUACCAAAGCAAGCGUGGACAACGGGCCAUGCUGAAUCCAGACUACAAAUAUGCGCAGCAUGAACUGCGAUCACUUGCCGAUCCCAUGAUCGCCGAAGAGCACAGUUCGCUCAAGUUGGCCAUGGAAUACGAAAAGCUGGUUGCCGAGGUGACGCAUGCCAUCCACAAGAAGAGCUCCGUGGCUCAUCAGCACCCGGCCCAGUAUGAUCCGGAUGUGGCGCACUUCUUCGACGAGAAGAUCGUGAUUGGCCGCAGCGAUUCGGUACGGAAACUCACCGGAUACGUCCAUCAGCUGGAUGGCAUUCUGAAUGACGAUUCGUAUACGCGGGACAUGGGAUUGCACCUGUUCGAUCAGUAUCUGAAGACGGUGGAGUGAAGCCGAGUGCAAUCAUCUGCGUGCAAUUAUCUAUAAGAGUGAAGAGCUGAUAGGGAUUUGCGAGGAAGAGCACGUCCGACUUAUCGCCGGGAUUAGAUCUUUACGAUGCGUCAAUGUGGACUUAUCUCUCGAGCUACUGCCAAUCUACCGUAACAGAAUUUCCUAGAUUUCCAAUAAAUGUCAUAUAACCGAAAAUAAAUCUGUUAGCCGACGAGCA